AAUAUUUAUAAUGAAAAUUAUUUUAUAUUUAUAUAUACUAAUAGUUUUUUUAAUCAAUUUUAUUAAUACCCAAUCGACAAUUGUAUUAAAUGCAAUUAUCUAUGAUCAAACACCAUCAAGAAAUCCCGACUUUGAGCCAGCAAAUAAUGGUUUGGUUGAAAAGGGUUUGGUUAAAGAUACAUUAGGUGCAGAUGGGACCCCAGUAUAUUGUUGCGGGAACCAAAGAAAAGGAACAAUUAAAGAUCAAAAUUCUUUUUAUUCAUGGUUUCACAAUGUACCCGGUGUAAAUUUACCAAUUUAUAAAGAUAUUGUUUUAUAUCAAGUGCCUUCGAAUCCAAAUUUAUAUACAUAUUACAAUAGUUCUUUUUUUAUAAUUGAUGGGGAGGGUUUCGAUAAUAAAACUUUAUAUCCAAAAGAAAAAUUAUAUUAUGAUACACAAAAAAAAGCAAGGAAUUUUCAUUUUUGUCUUCAGGCCCAUACUCAAUUUCAAUAUAAAAAAGGUGAUGUUUUUAGUUUUACUGGGGAUGAUGAUGUAUGGGUAUUUAUUAAUGACAAAUUAGCAGUGGAUCUCGGUGGCACCCAUCCACCAAGUUCCAGUACACUCAGUUUAGAUUCACUUGGUUUAGUAGACGGUCAAAACUACCCUUUUGAUUUCUUUUAUUGUGAAAGACACACAGAUGCAUCAACAAUUCAAAUCACCACUUCAUUAAAAUUUGUUUGCCCACGGUAUGAUGAUUGUGGUGUUUGUGAGGGGGAUAAUACAAGUUGUUGUUUACCAAGUAAUUGUGAUCAAAAUCCAAUUUAUGUUAAGAAAUGUAUAAAUGCAAAGUGUAUUAAUAAAGUUUGUAGUGUUCCAAUUACCAGUUGCUCAUCCCCCACACCAUGUUUCGAUAGUAUUUGUGUUCCAGAUACUGGUUGUACAUUAGUUCCAAAAAAUUGUACCUCUCCAAACCCAUGUUGGGUUGAUAAUUGUAAUCCAUCAUCAAACGCAUGUGAGCAUACAAUAAUACCGGGUUGUGUUACUUGCGGUUCGGUGGGAUGCAUAACAGAUGAUUUGUGUAACCCCAAAGUCUGUAAUGACAAAGGAGAUGGUUGUGUUAAUAGUACUAUUAACUGUGAUGACAAGAACUUUUGUACUUUCGAUUAUUGCAGUGGGGGUAAAUGUUUUCAUUCUCCACAAUCCAAUUGUUGUGUAAAAGGAUUUUGUAUAAAUACGCCAAUCGAAAAUUGCAUAAAUUGCCCAGGUAUUGGAUGUAUAACUACAGAUUUUUGUAAUCCUCAGGUAUGUGAUAGUACUGGUAAUGCAUGUCAAACAGCUCCCAAAAAUUGCUCUGAUGGUAAUUUUUGCACUACUGACAGUUGUUCGUCACCAGAUGGAUCAUGUUCUUCCACAAUUCCAGAUCCAAAAUGUGUAUCAUGUUCAAGUACCUCCUGUACUACCAUUGAUGGUUGCAAAAUUCAGGUUUGUAACGCUGCAGGAGAUGGGUGUGAUACAGUUGAUAAGUCAUGUGAUGACCUUGACCCGUGCACAACUGAUUCUUGUUCUGACAAUGGUGUAUGUUCCCAUUCUAGAUUACCAUUAUGCAUGUCUUGCAAUGCAACAUUUCCAUGUUUAACAAGAAAUCCUUGUUAUCCCGUUUCAUGCUCUAACAAUCUCACAAAUCCAUCCUGUGUUCCAAAAAGAAAAGAUUGUGACGAUAUUAAUUUUUGUACUUCUGAUACUUGUUCUGGGCGUGGCACAUGCUUCCAUUUUCCAUUAGAUAACUGUGUUCAAUGUUCUGUGCCAGGAAAAGGUUGUAUAACGACAGAUAAAUGUAAACCACAGGUAUGUAAUAGCAAUGGUGAUGGAUGCCAACUUGGUGAUGACCCAUGUCCCAACAAUGAUAAAUGUACAACCGUCUCAUGUGUAUCUCCAGGAGGUUCGUGUAUUUAUACCCCUGUCAAUUGUGAUGAUGACAAUAGUUGCACAAUAGAUUCUUGUUCACCAAAUAAUGGGUCAUGUCUUCACGAAGUGAUAAGUUCAUGCCAAGAUUGUGAUAAUAUAGGAUGUAUAACAACAGACAAGUGCUUCCCAAUGGUUUGUUCGGCAGAUGGCACUUCAUGUGAUAAGCAAACAGUAUCUUGUGAUGAUAAAAUUCCAUGUACUGAUGACGAAUGUAUUUCACCCACUGGAGCUUGUAAAAAUACACCAAUUACAAGUUGUGUUAAUUGUCAAAGCAAUAGGUGUGUUACCACCGAUUUUUGCAAUCCUCAGUUAUGUGGACCCGAUGGGAACUGUUAUGAUGCACCAGUUAGUUGCGAUGAUGGAAAUGGUUGCACGGAGGAUAAAUGUAAUUCUAAAGAUGGCUCAUGUUCUCAUGAGAUUAUAGAGAAUUGUGUUAGUUGUAGUAAUUCUUCGAAUUGUAUAACAACAGAUUUUUGCCACCCUGUACGAUGCAAAGAUGAUGGUUCAUGUGAAAACUAUGAUAAAGAAUGCACAGAUAACAACUAUUGUACCACUGAUACCUGUACUGGUGAUGGUGUUUGCCAAUUUUCGAAUCCUGAUCCAUUAUGUAUUUCAUGUUCAAAUACAUCUUGUAUAACAACUGACCUAUGUGAUCCACAAAUUUGUAAUUCAGAUGGAAAUGGGUGUAUAAGUACCCCAAAUAAACCCUGCGAUGAUAAGUUCUCAUGUACCAGAGAUUCUUGUUCAAAUGGUAUAUGUACCAAUACUUUGAUUGAUAGAUGUAACUCUUGUAAUCAGGCUAGUAAUUGUAUAUCCACAUCGUUCUGUUCUCCUUUAGUAUGUAAAAAGGAUGGUUCUGGUUGUGAAAAUGGAGUUGUUGAUUGUGACGACAAAAAUGAUUGUACUUUUGAUUUUUGUGCCGCAGAUAUUGAUCAAUGUGUUCAUGCUAUUAUUGAUGGUUGUAAAAUUUGUGGAAAUUCUACUUGUUUGGUCACUGAUUAUUGUUACCCAAUAGAGUGUACUGGUCCAAAUGGAUCGCAGUGUGGGAAUUCUACUUUAGUUUGUGAUGACAACAAUCCCUGUACAAUGAAUGCAUGCAGUGAUGGAAACUGUAUAUAUAAUCUAAUUCCAGAUUGUAAAGUAUGUAACGAGACUUUUUCAUGUGUCGGAUCUCCUUGUUUCCCCAAAGACUGUAUAUUGGAUGGUGAUAAUUACAGUUGUGUAGAACAUGAUAAAGCUUUAACUGAAUGUGACGAUGGAAAUCCUUGCACUGUGACAUCAUGUGAUGAUGGAUCAUGUAUUAACACAUUUAAAGAAAACUGUGAGAGAUGCAGUAAAAAUAUAGCCUGCAUCACAGAGGAUCCAUGUAAACCAAUGAAAUGUAAUAGUACUGGCGAUGGGUGCGAAGAAAUUAAAUAUAAUUGUAAUGACCAUAUUUUUUGCACUGAAGACAUGUGUGUAAAUGGAAGCUGUCGAAAUAAUCCUCUAGAUAACUGUGUUGAAUGUGAGAGCGAAAUUCAAAUGGCAUCAAUUCCUUUAUUACUUCCUUUAGAAAAUGGUAAAAAAAAUGUAUUAAAAAGCAAUAAAAAGCUUCAACAAACAUUUGUUAAUAAUAGGGUUCAAAAAUACAUUGAAAAAGCUUACAAUGACAGUGAUGAAUCUUUUGGUUGUUAUUCUAAAGAUAAAUGUACAACUGUUUCAUGUAUAAACAGUACCCAUUGUAGAAUCUCAGAUACUGUAUGUAAUGACUAUAACCCAUGUACCAUGGAUCAAUGUGAAGAUGGUGCUUGCUAUCAUUAUCUAAUUUCCUCAACGUGUUUAAUAUGUUCAGAGACUCUUGGUUGUACAGCUAAAGACGAUUGCUAUGAAUCAUCGUGCUCUAAGGACUAUAAAUCCUGUAUUUCAACACCAAGAAAUUGUUCAGAUGGAGACCCCUGUACAAUUGAUGAAUGUAUUAUAGGUAAAAACUGUACUCAUACUAAAAUUGAAGGAUGUGGAUUUCAAACACCUUUAGUUCUCGAACCUCCACCAAAUUAUUGCGAUCAUUGUGAAGGUGAUGAACUAUGUAUAUAUCUUAAAGGAAAACCAGUCUGUAUAAAAAACCCAACUACGGAAAUUUUGGUUGAAACUGGUCAUUUUACUGAAAGUGGAACUACUACUGGUUAUACUACUCAAUAUUCCACAUUGGGUGGUGAAUCACAAACUACAACACCGAUAGAUAAUCCAUGCAUAUAUGUUGAUUGUGGAAGUGGUUUAGAGUGCUAUGUCGUCAAUAGUCGUCCUGAAUGUUUGCCAUCAAAUUAUCAGUGUCAGGAUUGUUUAGAUUUACAAUGCCAUAUUCAGGGCCUAUCAUGUUUGAUGGUUAAUAAUCCAUCAUUUAUCUAUGAUGGUACAUGUCGAUAUGGUAAUGAUUGUUGCAGAUUUAUACCCACAUGUAUUGAAAAAAAAUUAUAAAAUAAAAAUACAGUAAAUGUAAAAGCUAAAUUUAUAUUUAUUUAAUAAAUGCUUAGUAUAAAAU